UCAAACAGCACAGAAAAAGCAAGUGAGUCUAGUUGGUUUCUAUAGCUCAAACAUGGAAGGCGAGGAAGAAGUGGUGAAGACGAUGGUUUCAUCAUCACAACCAGAACCAGAUAUCCAACUCACCAAUGUUGAUGUGAAACAGUACUCUUCACCUGAUGACUUAGAGAGCUUCUACGUCAAACUCACUGACCUGUUGGACUCCUCUGGAUACACUCUCAUUUUGAAUGUCCGAGAAACAAGGUUAGACUUGUAUCUGUUUUACAUGGAGGUCACCAAAAGAGGAGGUUAUCACCAGGUUGGUAAGCAAAAGAAAUGGGGUGAAAUAGUUUCAGCACUAAAGCUGGAAGGAAACAAUGCAAGGUUAUGUACUCAAGUUCAAAAGCUCUAUGCAAAGCUUCUAUACAAAUUUGAGAAACUUUACUUCUACAGGUUACCUGCUUCUCAAACUCCAACUGCUAGAACCAAAGGUUCAGGUAAAAGGAAGCAUGGCUCAACCACAAGUUUAUCCCAAUUAAUGGAUCAUGGAGAUUAUCCGACGGCGGCAGAGAUAUCUAAGGACUGCCCUAUCAAAGUGACAGCAAUACCUGAAGUGCUCCUACAAACACCAUCAAAGGACAAAGAAAAGAAGAAGAAGCGAGGUGCUCCAACGGGACGAAGUGGAUAUCAAAUUUUCCUCAAGCAAGAAUGUGCCCGAUUAAAAGUUUUUCGUCAGGACAUAGAUGGCAAAGCUAUCCUGCGCAUGGCUGUCGAUGAAUGGAAUAAGUUGUCAGACAUUGAUAAACAGCCAUAUUUGGAAGAAAGCAAGAAGAUAAAGGAACAAAAGAAGGAAGCAAUGAUGAAUGAAAAUAAUAAACAGAAGAGCACUCAAGAUCUUAACAAGGAUGAAAAGAAGCUUAAUGUGUGUAGUGGUGACUACUACUGUGUAACUUUGCAACCUCAAGCAAAUGAUCCUCUGGUGAACAAUGCAGCAGUGGACUUGGCUUCUAAAAUGACAGAAAAAACAUCCAAGGAUCCCUUCUUCCCAUUUGAUUUGGAUGCUUAUCGUUCUGUCGAUUUGCUAACUGGAUUAGCAAUCGGAGAACCCAAAUAACUGUACUUGUUAUUGGGCAAGUCUCUUUUGGUUUUUGAGGCAUUGCUAUUGCAUGUAACUGUGCAUCAAGUGGUUUUCCUUUUUUUUUUACUCAAACCAAGCUAAACUGCUUUGUAUUUUAGAGUUUUGAAACAGCAGCAACCAAGUUUGAAGAAUAGAUAGCAAUGUUUGCACUA